GCCUUCAAGUACUUGCCGUAUGCUCUGUUCAGCGUGGGAAUCUUCCUUACCUUCGCUGGGCUGUACAUGCCAAUUUUUUACAUCAUCAGCUGGGCCCAGGCGCAUGCACAUAUUGAAAUAGACCUGUAUUUCUAUCUCCUGGCGGCACUCAAUGGAGCAUCUGUUUUCGGGCGAAUUAUUCCGGGACUUCUGGCCGACCGAUUUAGGGCAUUGGAAUUAAUAAUCAUAUGCACUAUGCUCGCUGGAGUUUUUGGCUAUGUUGCAAUCGUUAUCCAUAAAUUGGCCUGCUUAAUUGUGUUCACUAUAUUGUAUGGCUUUAUCUCCGAGGCUUUGGUAUCAUUAACCGCCGCCGUCGUUGUUGUAUUAACACCCAAUAUGGCAUUAGUGGGUAUAUGGAUGGGGGUGUCGUUUUGCUUUUCAGCUGCUGGUAUUCUGCUUGGAAAUCCUAUUGCUGGAACUAUCAUCAGGGUGCCUCAAAACCAGUUCGCAAAUGGGGGUUAUAUUCCUUGUAGCAAAAUACAUCAAAAUGACCCAGGGGCGGAAGUUGAAUAUUCUUGA